UGUAGACGGAGUUAGCAACACAGUCUCCGCCGACCGCUCUGAGAGUCCAACAUUAGGCUUUACUGCUCUUUCCUCCGCGACUGGUGGUGUUUUCUUUAUAAACUAAACGGCAAAUAACAAGUAAAGCGACGUAUUAAUUUAAAUGUUGAUUUUAAAAGGUGAGGAGGGCAGAGUAGGGCUCGUCGUGUAGCUUAGCCAAACUCUCUCUGCCAGAGACUCUGCUGUGUUUCAGUGUCCGGAAGUUGUGAGGGGAAAAAACUAAGAAAGGCAUGAAAAAAAGGAGCUGGAAGAAACUGCGGUCCAAUUUUCUCCGAGCCCAUUGAAACACUGGUUUCUUCAGUAAAUCUUCCUGAGUGGACGGUCUUGGUUUAUUCAUCUUAUAAGUGUGCGCUGAUUUAUCGAUGGGUCUGCCGACGCUGGAGUUUAGUGAUUCUUUCCUGGACAGUCCGGAGUUCAGAGAGCGACUGCAGUGCCAUGAGAUAGAGCUGGAGCGCACCAACAGGUUUAUAAAAGACCUCAUCAAAGAUGGAAACAUGCUCGUAUCUGCGCUCAGAAGUCUUUCUCUUGCUGUUCAACGGUUCUCUCAGUCUCUGCAGGAUUUCCAGUUUGAAUGUAUUGGAGACGCUGAGACUGAUGAUGAAAUCAGUAUAGCUCAAUCCUUAAAGGAGUUCUCUCAGCUCUUGAGCACCAUGGAAGAGGAGAGAAAACGACUGAUCCAGAACGCUGAUGACGUGUUGAUCUCACCACUUGAGAGGUUUCGUAAGGAGCAGAUUGGAGCUGUAAAGGAGGGAAAGAAGCAGUUUGACAAAGAGACAGAGAGAUACUACUCUGUUCUGGAGAAACACCUCAGCCUGUCUUCCAAAAAGAAGGAGUCACAGCUUCACGAGGCUGAUUCACAGAUGAGUAAGGACAGGCAGGUAUUUUAUGAUGCUUCGCUGCAGUAUGUCUUCAAGAUCCAAGAAGUGCAGGAGAGAAAGAAGUUUGAAUUUGUGGAGCCGUUACUAGCCUUCCUGCAGGGUUUGUUUACAUUCUACCAUGAGGGCUACGAGCUGGCCAGUGAGUUUGAACCCUACAAACAACAGCUUCAGUUCAACCUGCAGAACGCUCGCAAUAACUUUGAGAGUACACGUGCUGAGGUUGAGAGGCUGAUGAAGAGGAUCCGGUCUGCAGAAGAGGACUUCAAAGCCCCCAGCUGCUUUACCAUGGAGGGAUAUCUGUAUAUACAAGAGAAACGUCCACUGGGCAGUGUGUGGACCAGAUACUACUGUACAUAUGAAAAAAGCUCCAAGCUGUUCACCAUGAGCAACACAGAGGCCAGACCGGCCAGCAGACAGAACGGCGUGGUGAAUGGUACGCCUGAGAUGUUCAAGCUGCGUUCAUGUGUCAGAAGGAAGACGGAUUCAAUUGACAAGCGCUUUUGCUUCGACAUCGAGGUGGUGGAGAGACAUGGCGUCAUCACCCUGCAGGCGCUUUCUGAGGCCAAUAGGCAGCAGUGGAUGGAGGCAAUGGAUGGAAAAGAACCUAUUUACACUUUGCCGUCCUUGCUCAGCAAAAAGGAGGAGACGUUUCUCAAUGAGGCAGGCUUCAAGUUUGUUAAGAGGUGUAUAGAGCUGGUUGAAACAAGAGGUAUUACCACCCUGGGGCUGUACAGGACCGGAGGAGUCAACUCCAAAGUGCAGCGGUUGAUGACCAGUGUGUUUGCAUCCACAGCUCCUGCUGACAUGCAGCUGGAUGCUGACGCCUGGGACAACAAGACCAUCACCAGUGGUCUCAAGAAUUAUUUCAGGUGUCUGGCGGAACCGGUACUGACCUACAGACUGCAUAAAGAAUUCAUCAAGGCUGCAAAGUAUGAUGACCAGAAGUAUAGAGUGAGAGCGAUUCAUGCUCUUGUCCAUAAACUACCAGAGAAAAACAGAGCAAUGUUGGACAUCCUAACUGACCACCUCCUCAAGGUGUCCUCUCACAGUGACCAGAACCAGAUGACUGUGUCCAACCUGGGAAUGAUUUUCGGCCCCACGUUGAUGAGGUCACAGGAAGAGACGGUGGCCGCCAUGAUGAACAUCAAGUUUCAGAACAUCGUGGUGGAGAUUAUCAUUGAAAACCACCACAAGAUUUUUGGUGAGGCCCCCGACCUGUCGCUGCCGUUACCUCAGGCUCCGUCCUCCCGAUCAACUCCUCGGAGGAACAAGGCUAUCUGCCUGUCGUCUGGAAAGAGGAGGGCCCGUCUUUACCCUCCGACUCUCUGCCUGGCAGACAACGACAGUGACACUUUCAGCAGCAGCCCCAGCACGACUCCUAUGGGCAGCCAGGAGUCUCUGUCUUCACACUCCUCUGAGAAAAACGGAUUGUCUCAGACCUCUCCUCCGUCAUCUCCUGCUGCAGAGUCCGGCUCGUCCUCCACAGCGCAGGUGUCUCCUGUUGUAGCUUCCUCCUGCUCCCUGUCCCACAACGCCUCAAACGUGAUGGAUCAGAAACCCUUGACAGACAGCACCGCGUCCCCCCACCUUACGCCUCUCUCUUCCUGGACUUCCUCCCAGCUCACUCCGGCUCAGCAGACUUCCUCUGUGUCCUCCUCCACGUCCUCUUUACUCUCCACUGAGAGGAGUGUGUCUGUCAAAGGAAACUCGUCUGCCUCAUUAUCAUCUGUAAAAGAGUCACGAUCUCCCUCCGUAGCCUCCACAUCCACUGCCUCCAUCCAGCAGUCCUCUGUGGAGUGCGCCUCCUCUCUCAGGGAGGGCCGACCUGUUCCGAGAGUGUCGUCUGUCUCCUCUUUGAAGAGCACUCAUUCAGUGGAUCAAAGAAAUGCACCCGAGGCCUCCUCCACUGUCAAAGAAACCAAAUUGGCGGACUCUACCUCUCCUCCUCGUCAGCACAGAAAAACUUAUAGGACUGCCUCCUCCUCCUCUUCCUCCUCCUCGUCAUUAUUCCCCUACCGGCUUUCUGCAUCUUCCUCUCUCACCUCCCUACACAUCUCUGAGGAUUACAAAAGCUGUCAUGGAUCAGUACAGAGUCUCAUGUCACUGGACCCACAGGAAGCAACACUCAAACGUAAACCUGCACACGUCCGCUGUGGCUCCGAUCUGACUGCAAAACACUCUGCAGCCGCCACAUCCAGUAACGGUUACCAGAGGCCUGCGUCAGUAUUAUCAGUCAGACUACCGCAGCGUGACAGUUCAGUAUUCUCCUCAGCAUUAGACAUAUGCUCCUCAGGAAGGGAGGCAAAAGCUCUUUACUCCUGUGAGGCAGAACACAGCCACGAGCUCAGUUUUCCACAGGGGGCGCUCUUCUCAAAUGUGUACCCGUCUGUGGAACCAGGCUGGCUUCAGGCAACAUACAACGGCAGAACAGGCCUCAUACCUGAAAACUACAUCACAUACAUGUGACAGACCCGAUGAUGUCGUCACCACAUCAGCAAAAUAACACAAAAAUCUAACGUAGACUUUAGGGAGCUACAGUACAUGCAGUAAUCCUCUGUGCUGCUGAUCAAAGAUAUAAUAUAUUCAUCAUGUAACUGUGACUGUUAUCACUGAACUACUGGGGCUGGAUAUGAAUGAUGUAUGUACUGUAUGUAUAUCUGACUACUAUAUGUAAACCAUGUUAUUAACCAGUUUAUAUUACGGUAGAUUUUUAAAAUCUGACUUGUCUGACUUUUCCUCUAUUCAUGUGACAGUGUCACUCAAUCAACGUCAUUAGCUCUUUUAUAUUUGAGUUCAUCACCGUACCUACAUGAAAUGUGUCUGUUAGGUACAUGGAAACAGUAUUUUUUUUAUCAAUCCUGUAAUUUAUGUGUAAAUUGUCAUGUUAAUGUUAUAGAUGUGUGUCACACCUCUGUGCCAGAAACAGUAUGACCUGAUGGUCAAAGACUGAAUUCUGCCAUAACACCUUCCUUCUACUGUCAGCUUUCAUGCUGUCAGUAUAAAAGACAAAUACUUUGCUUAAAAACGCCAGUUUGCAUUUGUAGAUUUAGUUUAUGUGUAUAUUUAUUAUCCAUAUUAAUUAUGCAUCUUCCUUAAGAAGAAAAAGCUUGAGUUCACCACAGUUUUCACAAGAGAUAUACCUGACAUACUGUAUGGCACUGUGCAAAACAAUCUUGUUGAUUAUUUUUUCACUUUUUUAAAAGAAUGUUUGUAUUUUUAAAUGCAGGAAAAACAAAAGCAAUGUGCAAAUGUUUGUACUUGUAUCAUUAAGUGUUUUUAAUAUGUGAUUCCAUGUGUGAGCGUUCGUCCAAAUUCUAAUGAUGUACUGUGUUUUUGGCUAGUGAGGGACGAUAAAAUGGUCCCAUGAUCUACUCCCAGAAGAUGUGCUCUCCAACUGUACAUUGUGUGCAUUAUUAACAUAUAAACAACACAAAAUCA